CCAGGGCGCAGGCGCACGCCGGGCCCCGCGCUUUUCGGAAGCGGUUGGCGUUCGCAGGCGCGCGGCUGCAGGUGGGCAGUGGCGGCCGGAGCCGGGCGGAUGCCCGGGUUGAUGCGCGAAUGAGACGCGCGUGGAUUUCGCGUUCGGCUGUGCCCCGAAGCUGCGUGGCCCACCCAGGCUUUCGGACGAGGGAUGCCGGCGUCGGAGCCGCGGUCGGCUGGACCCGGUGACCUGCAGUGAGAAGGCUGGUGCCUCGCGAGGAAUGCGCAGUGAGCCGAGAACCAGUGCUCUGCGGAUGAACAGACCCUGUCGGGGUCACGUGCGCACCUGCUACAGGUACCAGCUGAUGUCCAGGGGGUCACGUGCGCACCUGCUACAGCUCAGUCUGUGACUUUUGGUGGUGCCAUCAAGGAACAUUGCAUACUCGGUGAAGUGCACAGUGCCUGGAGUGGAACUGCUUGGCUUUGACUUCUGGCACCAUUCGCAACUGGCUAACUAUAAAAUGCAGACCUCCAGCUCUAGGUCUGUACAUCUGAGUGAGUGGCAAAAGAAUUAUUUUGCGAUUACAUCUGGCACGUGUACAUCUGAACAGAAGGCUGAUGCCUACCGCGCACAGAUCUUACGCAUUCAGUAUGCCUGGGCAAACUCUGAGAUCUCCCAGGUCUGUGCCACCAGACUGUUCAAAAGGUAUGCAGAGAAAUAUUCUGCAAUUAUUGAUUCUGACAAUAUUAAAACUGGCUUGAAUAACUAUGCAGCAAGCAUUUUAGCUUUGGCAAGAUCUCAACAAACUGACAGUGACAAGUGGCAGUCUGGAUUGUCAAUAAAUAAUGUUUUCAAAAUGAGCAGUGUACAGAAGAUGAUGCAAGCUGGCAAAAAAUCCAAAGACUGUCUCUUAGAACCUGCGGAAGCCUCAGUAGUAAUCCACAAGGGGAACCCCGUCUUAGAGCUUCCCAAAUUCAGUGUUUCUGGAGGUUCUAGAGAGGGUGACCUGCUGCCUAACUCAGUGCACGAUGUGGACAGGGUGCGGGACAGCCCAGAGAGCAGCCUCCUGAGGUGUCCUCCAAGUGGCCAGCCACCCGCUGUGACCAGUACCCCCGAUACCUGCCCCACACUCUCAGCACCAUCGGGUGAGUCGGCCACUGCCAGAUUCCACACCACACCAUUAUUCGGAAAUGUCAAAAAGGAAAACCACAGCUCUCCGAGAGCCAGUGUAGGACUAGGUGUGUUCUCAUCCGAUCAGUCUUGUUUUCCCUCUGGCUGUGAGAACCCACGGAAAAGGAAGGCUUUUUAUGGUUCUGGCUUCAUUGAUGCACUUUCCAACCCAAUACCAAACAGGACUUUGAGUAGAAUGGAAGAAAAUGGCCAAAGGGAAGAGAGCAGCCUGCCCACCUUUAAAACUGCCAAAGAACAACUGUGGGUAGAUCAGCAAAAGAAGUGUCACCAGCCCCAGCGGGCGUCAGGGUCCUCAUACGGUGGCGUUAAGAAGUCUCUAGGAGCUGGUCGAUCCCGAGGAAUAUUUGGGAAGUUUGUUCCUCCUGUACCUAAGCAAGAUGGGGGAGAGCAGAGUGGAGGAAUGCAGUGUAAUAAGCCUUGCGGGGCAGGGCCCACGGAACCCACACAGCCUGUUGAUGAGCGUCUGAAGAAUUUGGAGCCGAAGAUGAUUGAACUUAUUAUGAAUGAGAUUCUGGACCACGGGCCUCCAGUGAGUUGGGAAGAUAUUGCAGGAGUAGAAUUUGCCAAGGCCACCAUCAAGGAGAUAGUUGUGUGGCCCAUGCUGAGGCCAGACAUCUUCACUGGGCUACGGGGACCCCCUAAAGGGAUUCUGCUCUUUGGGCCUCCUGGCACAGGCAAAACUCUGAUUGGCAAGUGCAUCGCUAGUCAGUCUGGAGCAACGUUCUUCAGCAUCUCUGCGUCGUCCUUGACUUCUAAAUGGGUGGGUGAGGGGGAGAAAAUGGUCCGCGCGUUGUUUGCUGUUGCGAGGUGUCAGCAGCCAGCUGUGAUAUUUAUUGACGAAAUUGAUUCCCUGUUAUCUCAGCGGGGGGACGGAGAGCAUGAGUCUUCUAGAAGGAUAAAAACCGAAUUUUUGGUCCAGUUAGACGGAGCAACCACAUCUUCUGAAGACCGCAUUUUAGUGGUGGGAGCCACAAACCGGCCACAAGAGAUCGAUGAGGCUGCCCGCCGACGGUUAGUGAAGAGGCUCUACAUCCCCCUCCCAGAAGCCUCGGCCAGGAGACAGAUCAUCGCUAAUCUGAUGUCCAGGGAGCAGUGUUGCCUCAGUGAGGGAGAAACGGAGCGGAUCGUGCAGCAGUCUGAGGGGUUCUCCGGCGCGGACGUGACCCAGCUCUGCAGAGAAGCUUCCCUGGGCCCCAUCCGCAGCUUGCAGGCGGCCGACAUCACCACUAUCACACCCGACCAAGUUCGACAAAUAGCUUAUGUUGACUUCGAAAAUGCUUUUAAAACUGUGCGGCCUAGUGUGUCUGCGAAAGAUUUGGAGACUUACGAAAACUGGAACAGAACUUUUGGUUGUGGAAAGUAAAUGAGUCACUUGAAAUUAAAAGACAGCAUCAUUAUAUUACAUUCAUCUUCAUUUUUUAGCACAGGAAAUGGAAUGUGUUCAUUGUAUUUUUUAGGAUAUGUUCUGAAUUCUGUACCUCAAACAGGAAUAGUGAAACAGCAUUGCUUAUUGGUAUUUAAGUAGAUUUAAGAUCGUACUGGCUGCUAGAGUGGAUGUGUCAGUUUUUACCUUGUUCUGCUGACUUGUAACAUUGUUUAUGCUUUUCUUCCCUUAUCAGGGCUAAUGAUGAAAACAUGUUUCAGAAAUAGCCAAGUACCAUCUAGAGUCAGAGACAUAUCUACACAAUGAGAGGGGAGUGUUGUAUUUUUUGGGGGGGAAAUAGUGUGUAACAAUAUUUUAUUGCUACUUCACAGCCUAUAAAAUUGUACUUAUUCAAAAGAGUAUUUUCAGAUUUUUAUAAUGGAUCAUUUUGUUCCUUGUAAAAAUAUUAGAAAAUAGAAAUAAUAAAAAUCACUGCAUUCCUGCU